CAUGCCUCGCCCGGCGGGAAGGCACCGGUCGGCCGCGGGUUCCGCUUCCGGGCCGGCAUUUUCCCCGCGUCCCGGGCGGGAAAUGGCGGCGCCGCCGGGGCCGGGGCCGGGGCCGGAGUCGGAGUCGGAGUCGGAGUCGGGGCCGAAGCCGGGGCCGGGGCCGGAGCCGGAGCCGGGGUCGGGGUCGGGGCCGGAGCCGGAGCCGGGGCCGGCGGGCGCGGCGCGGCGGGACCCGCGGGUGCGCUGCUGCUCGCGGCGCGGGCUGGGCGCGGUGCUGGAGCUUUGCGCGCCCUUCGUGCGGGCCCUGGCGCAAGGACAGCCCGGCGAGGCCGCCGCCGAGGCAGACGCACUCUGGCAGAACUUUGAAACAGCGGUGCGGGAGAACGUCACCAUUAACGGGCAGCCCUGGGAGGAGGCCUCGGAUGACUCCGGGCUGCAGAGCGAUUCAAAUAUUAAAAUUCUGGAGGAUCAAUUUGAUGAAUUAAUAGUAGAGACGGCAAUUAGGCGUAAACAGUGGCCUAAAAAGAUCCUGGUGCAUGCUAUCCAAGCCAUGAAAGCAGAGCAAGAGGUGUUGAAGCUCUACCAGCCUGUGGUAAAACCAGCAGACAUAAGACCUCAGCCUUCUCAAGAUGCUUACAUCGCAGAUCUGAAGCAGGCGACAGAAGCAGCAUCCAAACAGAUCAGCGAAGCAAUGCAGUCUAUUCCAGCACUCACAGAAAAAGCAGAAGGUUUUUCGCAAGCAUUGACUUUGCAACCAACCUUGGAACUCUGCAAGCUGCGACAAGAAGUCUUUUCUGGUUGCAAGGCGAAGGAGGAAAACAAUGUCCAAAAUUUAGUACCACCAGGAGAAGUCACACCAACAGGAACUGUUUCCAGUAAAAAUCCUUAUGUUUUGCUGAAAAGAAGAAAAGCUGCAGCUUCCUCCGAGAGAAGGCGCUACCCACUGCGGCGGAGGAAGAUCACUCUCAGUGCAUGAAUUUCUUGUUUUGUGUUUUCACAUUGGAAUCUCAGUUGUACUUUUGUUCCAUGUGUUCCAUCUUUUUUCUUAGAACUCAUCUCACCACAGUGCUAUACAUGGGAGCUUCUUUAAUUAGUCUUUGGCCUCUUAAAUAUUUCUACUUUUGCUGUCAUGCUGAUGAUAUAUGAAAGCCUACACAUACCAGUAGCAUCCAAUAUCCAGCAAGUGUAUUUGCCAUUUAACUCAUUUUUUGCUCUUAUAUUGCAGUUUUUAGCUUGAGUCCUUGUGCUUCUCAGAGUUUGUGUGCAUGCUUUAUGUAUGUGAGCAGUCUUUUAGGAAACCACUAACUGCUCAUUUACAUUCAGUAUGUCUCUAAAGAGAUUGGAGAAUGUCUAGUUCUCCUAAUGCAUCUUCAUUAAUUACUGAGGUAUGUGGAUUUUAUGUUAAUGAAUGAAUUAAUUAACACUGCAGCAUAUUGAAAUCACCAAAUUUGAUGUGAUGUUGGAGUUUUAAGGAAGUCCAUGCAUACAUGUGACGUUAGUCCUUGCCAUUCUACCUUUCCUAAAUGUAGGUAAUCUAGGCUUAUUUAUAGUCGUGUUUGUUGAAACUUGGAUUUUUAAUAAUUGUAUGUAUUUACUUGUAGUGUGCUCUUCUGAACAGGAAUUCAACCAUCAACAUCUUAGGGUCUGAUAUAUCAUUUCAUGUAAUCUAAUUAUGCAGCCUGAUCAAUAUUUCUACCCAAGAAAGGAUCUUGACUUGGGUUAUGUUUGCAUUUGUGUUGUUUGACUAAACUUUAAAGAUCAGUAGAGGCUACCAGUAAAUGCUAUUCACUUGAGCUAGCUUACUUUUGUUUUCUUUACUCAUUAGUACCUAGAAGAUCACAAAUUAGUACUAAAUUGAGCACUGUGCCUUAACGAUUUAUAACCUUUCCUAGGUUACGGUUGCAUGUGCCUGCAGUAAAUACUUCUGUCUAAUAUGUAACAUAUUUGUUACACAGUAAGUGGAGGAGGGUUUUAGAAGCUUUAUUAAUUUCAUGUUUGGUGCUAAGAAAACAGGUCCAACCUAAUGUCCAAGAGACUGAGAAAUCUCAAGAAAACAGAUUUUAGCAUCCUUUAUUUUGUAAAAUUGAGCAUCUGUACUGAAACUUUGUAUAUGUAAUCAUAUGUAAAUAUUUUUCCUGACCUUGUAUAUACAAAUGUGUGUUUUUAUAUGAAGUAAAUUAAAUCAAUUAAGGAAGAUCAAA